UCUACCUCAAAUUUGUGAUAAGAGCCGCUGGUCGGAGCAAAAGUUUCAUGCCUCAUGCGAAUAGUUUCUCAACAAGAAUGUUCUUAAUUUAAUGUCAUUUUUUUUAAGCUGUGCUGCAUGCAGUUCUACAGAAAAUUGUGUAAGAAAUAAUUAUAAGGAAUGGAGGUGCUAGCCCGUGGACACUUUGGGAAAACGCUGUACAAAUUUACUAGUCACACUGCUCGCCGAUCAAAUCGUCUGAAUAAAUGCAAGUUUUUGGCUCUCCUAAAAUGUAGGCAUUCUCAGUCGCACGUGCUGUUAGCCCUACAUGAGCAGAGCUUGACCACAAAGCAGAAGCGAGCUUACCAUCACUUCUCGAGGAAUGCUGCAGGUGUUCUUCCCCAAGGGCAGAUUGUCCCCUUGACUGUAACUUCGUCGCGUGGCAUCUACAUGGCCGUUGCCAGAGUCCUCAAAAAUGUGCUGAAGCUCCGCUAUCUUGUCCUUGGAGGUGCAGUUGGAGGGGGGCUGCAGCUUCAAAAGACCUAUCAAGACUGGAAAAAUUCUCUGUUUGAUGUUGACUGGAUGAAGGAUUUGUUUCCCGAGCCAGACAAAUGGAACUCUGUCCGAGAUUCAAUGAUGACAGCUGCAGGAAAGCUGAAGGAUGUCGAGAUUGAUCCUCGUCUCCGCACGGUCGCAGAGUCCAAGUACCAAAAUAUGAAAUCUUGGCUGGACACCCGAUGGGAAGCGGCGUAUGCUGCGGCCCAGAAACGACAAGCGGAGAGAGCUGAGAAACUCAGUUUGGAGGACGUUACGGAUGUUGUUAAUCAGUUGGCAACAGAACUGAAAGAAGCAGCAACUGUUCAAGCUAUCACUUUUGGGAAAACCGAAAAUACUCAGUCCAACCCCAAAGAUUUCAUGGAAGUGCAACUCAAGUAUCAGAGAGAACUAGAGAAAUUAGAAAAAGAAAAUAAGGAACUAAGGAAGCAACUUCUAUUGAAAAAUAGUUCCAGCGGUCAACUAAAAAAAGUCAAGAAAUCAUUGAUAGACAUGUACUCAGAGGUGCUGGAUGAACUCAGCGAGUUUGAUGCAAGUUACCAGACGCAAGAUCAUCUGCCUAAAGUUGUUGUUGUUGGAGACCAGAGUGCUGGUAAAACCUCCGUCCUAGAAAUGAUAGCUGAAGCAAGGAUCUUCCCAAGGGGUGCUGGAGAAAUGAUGACCCGGUCUCCUGUGAAAGUAACGCUGAGUGAAGGACCGUACCAUAUUGCUCAGUUUAAAGAUAGUAAUAGAGAGUUUGAUUUGACAAAAGAAAGUGAUCUAGCAGAUCUGAGAAAAGAGGUUGAGUUGAGGAUGAUUCAUAGUGUGAAAGGUGGCCGAACGAUCAGCAAAAAUGUAAUCUCAAUGACGGUGAAAGGUCCUGGCUUGUGUAGGAUGGUACUUAUUGAUCUUCCCGGAAUCAUCAGUACAACAACACAGGACAUGGAAAGUGAUACAAAAGAACUAAUUCGGGAGAUGACAACGACAUACAUGAGCAACCCAAACGCAAUCAUUCUGUGCAUCCAGGAUGGAGCCGUAGAUGCUGAACGCAGCAACGUAACAGAUCUCGUGUCCCAGGUGGACCCUCAGGGCAAACGCACCAUUUUUGUCCUUACCAAAGUAGAUUUAGCUGAGCAGAAUCUAGCUAAUCCAGACCGGAUUCAAAAAAUUCUCUCGGGGAAACUUUUCCCAAUGAAAGCCUUAGGAUAUUUUGCCGUUGUAACUGGUAGAGGAAAUAAAGAAGAUUCCAUCCAAGAUAUCAAAAAGUAUGAGGAAAAUUUCUUCAGAAAUUCCAAACUUUUUGGGAGUAAUCCCAGCCUAUCUAGUCAAGUUACCACUCGUAAUUUAAGUUUAGCUGUUUCUGACCGAUUCUGGAAGAUGGUGAGAGAAACGGUGGAGCAGCAAGCCGAUGCUUUAAAAGCUAUUCGGUUGAACCUUAAAACAGAAUGGAAAAAUAAAUUUCCAAACGUCAGAGAGUUGGAUCGAGAUGAGCUCUUUGAGAGAGCACGAGGAGAAAUUUUGGAUGAAAUAGUGAACCUUAGUCAACUAACGCCAAAGGAGUGGGAAGAGCUACUCUACCAUAAAUUGUGGGAUAGAAUCUCACCACAGAUUUUUGAAAAUAUUUUCCUUCCUGCAGCGCAGACGAAUUUAGAUCCAAAAAGCUUCAUUACUCAAGUAGAUAUCAAAUUAAAUCAGUGGGCGGGUAAAGAGAUGCCAACAAAAACGAUCGAAGCCGGUUGGGAAGCACUACGAAUGGAGCUGCUUCAGUUUAUGGACAAAGCAAAACAUCGGAAAGAGCACGAUACGACUUUUGAUGAACUGAAAAAUGCGGUCAUCGAAGAGGCUGUGCGCAGACAUUCCUGGGAAUCCAAGGGUUAUGAAAUGAUCCAGUUACUCCAAAGGAACGCUCUGGAUGAAACGACGGUCCACGACAAGUCCAGUUGGUCAGCAGCUUGUCAGUUCUUAAAAACUAGCGUAGAAAAUAAAUUAAAUUCAAUAGAAAAAACCAUGUCAGAAAUGUUUGGACCCGGGGUUAUGUCACAGUGGAUGACCUGGUCUUAUCGUACUGAUAUCCAGAAAGUUCGAUCUGCUGUGAAGUAUGAAGUAGAGCAGUAUUUAAAAUCAAAUGAAAAUCAUGGAUCAAUAUUAUCCCGAGAUGAAAUGAUAACAAUCAAACAAAAUCUAGGAAAAAACGGAAUGGAGUGUGAAGAUGCACUAAUAAAGGAAGUCUGGGACAUCAUCUUCAAAAAGCAGUUCUUGCAAUCUUGUUUACAGAAAGCAAAAGGCUGUGAAAAAGAAUUCUCCAAAUAUCAGUUUGGCAUUAGUAGCGAGGAUUGCUGUAAUGUUGUCUUCUUCUGGAAACUGCAGAACCUCUUGAAUAUAUCAGCAAACGCCUUAAGGCAGCAGAUUACCAGCAGAGAAGCUCGAAGACUUUUUAAGGAGAUCAAAGAAGUUUUAGAAGAGUACAGUUUAGAUGAACAGAAGAAAACACAGCUCUUGACUGGCCGGAGAGUCACCUUAGCAGAAGAAUUAAAGCGUGUGCGGCAGGUGCAAGAAAAAUUAGAAGAAUUUAUCAAAGCUCUCAACAAUGAGAAAUAAUAUUUAGAAAACAAAUUUAUCUUCCAAUCGUUGCUGUUUUAAACAAUUUAUGUAAUUAUUGUAAAUUAUCUUUGAACUCGAGUUAGUUGUAUAGAAUAUUGAUUUUUAUUAUUACCCGAA